UUUAAACGGGUGGUAAAUUAUUUACAAUGAGCGAUACGGUAAAGUUCAAGAAUUUGUUCUGCAGUGGAAUAAUUGUGCAGCAGUGUACGCUGCACAAUGACGAAGCGAUCAGGGACAUGGGCAAACACAACCUGAAAAGCGAUUGAACGUGUUCUAAAAUGAAAACAGAGGGAAGAAACGCCGUGAAACGUACUAGAAGGAACAGUGCGGUUGAACAUGGUAGUCAUGGCGGUAUCUUUGCGUGUUGAGGCGUUGACACGAAGUGCAUAGUCGAACAUAGGCAUUAAAAUUAAAGGCGGACUAUAAACACGCACCUUUUCUGCAGUUAUUCGGUAUGAAAAAUUAAAGCGGUGCCUUAGAAAAUAGUGCUGAUCAACGAGUUUAUCUGUCUUAUCGGCUCCUCAUACCACAAACCUUGCCAUUCUGCGAACAAUAUGGCACGUUUCGUUUCACCCUUGGUGUUUGCCAUCACAUAUCAAACAUGUUACAUAAAAAAGACCGUUUUUAUUGGCGCAUCCUUCUGACAAGUCAUCGUACUCCGUAUGAAAGCAAGGAAUCAAAAAUUAAAGAAUGGAGCAAACACCCCUAUGGCUGGAAAUGAGGAAGAACAUGAAAAGAGAACAGGUGAUUAUGUUCAGAAGAAUGGUGUGGCUGAUAAUUACCGCAAAAUUGAGCGUGUUAAGGAUGAAAAAGGUGGUGCAACGAGCAGAGGAUUGGAUGGCAAUGUUAGAGGUACGGGUGGAGGAGGGGAUCGCAGAGAAAGAAAUUGGAGUAAAGGCAAUGGAUUAGAGAAAGGAAGCGGAGGGAAUUACGGCAAGAGUAUGGCGAAUGGUGAUGGAAGGAGGGCUGGAAAUGAGAGGAGAACGAAUGCUCAUACGAAAAACGGUGCAAACAACGAAGGUGAAAGAAUAGGCUCCGACAAAGAACGGCGUGAUCACGAGAGAAGAGGCGGGAAAAGUAGCAGAAACAGCAAAUCGAAAAACAUUUCGGGGUGUGAAGCUGAGGAUCUGUGCGAUAAAAAUGGUGAAAUUAUGGACAAAAUCAUGAAAAGGGUUGCAGGCGAUUUAAAUCUGGAGAUCUCAGAAACCAAGAAAAUGCUUUUUACGCUCACGCACUCAGAACAUCCUGAAAUGCUUCUUUACGACACGUUGGGCCCGUUAUACGUCGAUCAAAUGCGGUUUAUCAUCGAAAAUCGCGGUUUGAUCCUCAGAAUGGCCAAGAAAAGCACGCAUUACUACACUGAGCUGGUAAUACCUCCAAAACCGAUUCAAAAGAAUCUCAAAACAGCGAUGAAUCCGUACAAAAUAUUUCCUUAUAGGAAUUUCAAUAGCAUACAGACUGAGGUGCACACGAUAGCACGAUCGACCAACAAUUUCUUGUUGGCGGCACCUACAGGCACGGGAAAGACAGACGUGGCAAUGAUGUGCAUUAUGGGAGCAAAACGGGUGGUGUACGUGGUGCCGUUGCGGGCACUUGCAACUGAAAUAGUGGGGAAACUGAGAAAGAAAUUUAGCUGCGAAGAAUGUACAAAACUGAGGAGACAGAUUGACAGAGCGAUGGGAUUGGAUUACAGCGACGGAGAAGCACCAAUACAUGACAAAUCCUUUCAGAACGAGCCAGUCCUAGACAAAAAAAUUAACAGUAGCAGCAACAAUUAUCGUAGCACCCCAUUCGGCAAGCCCGCACACAACAACAGAUACGGUCUGAGAUGCAUGGACGUGAUGGAGUACACAGGCGAUACGCCCAACCAAUCACUCAACACACACAUCGUUGUAACAACGCCCGAAAAAUUAGACGCGUCCACGCGCAAGCUCUCGUUCAAUUUUCGAUUCGAUCUACUCGUCAUCGAUGAGAUACACCUGCUUGAGGAGGAGCGUGGAAGUGUUAUCGAGGCACUUGUGGCACGUUUUAUUGGAAAAACGAGGAUCGUUGGGUUGAGCGCGACCGUGCCCAACGUUUUUGAUGUCGGCGAAUUUUUGAAAGGAGUGGUGUUCUGCUACGGGGACGAGAGACGUGCUGUUGCGGUUGAGUGCUGUGUUAUUGGAGCGAAGGGGGAGAUAAGAAUGAGCGAAGAGGAGCUAAAGAGCAGACGAGCAGGGUAUGCGCGGGUACACGAUGAAUUGAUCAGUGAGGGUGUAAGACAGGGCAUACACACUGAAAGGCACGGUACGGAGCCGGUGAGUGAAAGAAUCGUGGGAAAGACAAAGUCGAACGGAGCACAGUGCCUUGGCGACAUGCGCAAUGAAAUGGGUAAAGGUGCUGGAAAGAGCGGUAUGCGCGCUAACCCGAAGAACAAACGAUCAAACAUCGUAACGGUGAGCAAUUUUGAUGAAAUUCUUGUGGAAAAACUCAUGCUGUGCAAAAACCAGUCGCUGAUUUUCGUGAACAGCCGGCAUGAGUGCUUCAAAACGGCCACUUUUCUUGUCAAGCGCCUCAUAAGAAACGAGGAAUACACCAGGCCGGCAUCGUUCGCGUAUCUGCUCAGUAACGGUGUGGGGGUGCACAAUGCUGGACUGCCACGGCACCAGCGAUUGCGUGUUGAAGACCUGUUCAGAAGGAGGGAGCUUAAAUACGUGGUGUGCACUAAGACAUUGGCAUGGGGGGUGAAUCUGCCCGCAGAGAACGUUUUCAUCAGAGGAACAGAGUACUAUAGCGAUGGAAUGACGAGAAAUGUGAGCAUCAGCGACAUUCUGCAGAUUAUGGGCCGAGCGGGUCGCAUAGACUACACCAAGGAGGACACGGUGGCAAGGGCGUUCAUAAUCACCAACAACCUGCAGCUCUACGUAACACGCCUGAAGAAUAAAAUGCCGCUCGAGAGCACGCUGUUGCAUAACCUGGUGAACAUUCUGAACGCAGAGAUCGCUCGUCUUACGAUCAAAGAUCUGCACGAGAGCAAAGAAUGGUUUAAUAGGACGUACAUGGCGGUGCGUGUGAGGAGGAAUGCACGGUACUACGGGAUGGAGGAUGAGAGGGAGGUGGAUGGUUUUGUAGAGCUGGCAGUGCGUAAGCUAGAGGAGUGUGGGAUGGUGGAAAGGAGUGAUAAUGGGCUGGCGUGUACGUGGGAAGGAAGAGUAGCUGCGUAUUACUACCUUGAUUUUAGUACUUUGGUUGUUUUUGUGCAGUUCUGUAGGGACGAGGUGCACGAUACAGGCGAAGGAGGUGAUGAAAGUGGUGAAAGUGAUGAAAAUGGUGGAAGUGAUGAAAAUGGUGGAAGUGAUGGAAACGAUGGAAGUGGUGAAAGUGACAAUCGCACGAACAACGAAGAAAGGAAUAAUCAUGCGGCCAUCAAAGAGAUGCAUACCGUGCAUGCACAGGAAAUGACCAGCUAUUCCAAAAAGAGCCAGAAAAAUGCUGAGACAGCAUGUGCGGUUCCUUCCACACAACAACAAGGAGAUACGCACGUCGAGAACAGCCUGAGCAUCGUUUCAGAGCGUUUCGCUGCGAUGAGCACAGAGAGUUCCAAAACAAACAAUGAUCUGCUGCUCUUCAAGUCAAAGCUCAACGCAUUUGUCAGCCCGAUGUUGUCAUCGCAGCAAACAAAAAUCCUGAACACGAUUUUUAGCUCCAAGGAAUUCGGAGAUGUCCUCGUGAGACAGAACGAGCAGCAAUUCAUGCUCAGCACGAUUGGGGUGAGUGUUGUCGUAGACAUAAAGCCAUGUGAAAAACUACUCUUCCUCACAGCAGCCCAUCUUAUGCACAUGAGCAUUACGAUUUUCUCGCUGGUGUCCGAUCUGUCUUUCAUUCUCAAAAACGUGGGCAGAUUGAUGGGCGCGCUCGAGCAGCUUGCGAUGCUCACGGAGAAGUACGCGCUUUGCGAGCAGGUGGUGCGCUUGAGAAUGCGUAUCGAGGAAAAGAGCGGAGAUGCACAUGCAGCACAUGCACAUAUUGAGGAGAUAAUCGUAAAUGAGCGAGAAUGCUCCAUUUUAAAGAUCGAAGGAAAUGCAGACGAAAGCAUUUUUCUCUUUCUGUACGAGCAGUGUACGGCCAGCGGUGCACAGUGCACGUACGCGUCAGUGCUGCACAACAAGGCCGUGCUUUACUUUGCACGUGUGCUCAGAAAUGCACGAAUUAUUCUCCUGUCGGAACGGACAGGCCGUUCGCAGACAAUAAUUCCGAAGAAAAGAAGGGGACAGGCGUACAACACCGUGUUUAGUUAUCAACUCGUCAUUUUCAGGCUCUUCUACAAGCGAGAACGUGUUAUGCUGAUGAACGAGGAGAUGGAAAGGUUUCUAGAGAAGGCACAUGGACGUAUUCUAAUCGUUAGCAACGAUGGGGAUGCACCUUCAGGUGGUGUUGUAGGCAAGACGGUGCAAUCACUUGCUCCAAGGAAAUUGAACACGCUCAUCGAUCCCGAUAUGUUCGAUCUCAUCGUGAUCAAAGGCUGCUUUUGCUUGGAAAUGGUCCCAAUCUUAAAUAAGUGCAGAAAGGACGUGUACAUUUUUGAGAAUGAUAACGUGUGUAGGUUUUUAGAUGAGGUGUAUCGAUGAGCAGGAGUGUUGUUGAACAGCACGUUGCGUGUUGAUAGAGGGGUUUUAAUUAGAAUGACUGCGGAGGAAGAUUGGGAAAUGAACAGACAAAUCAGUGGAAGCAUACGAAUCAGUGGAGGUAUGCAAAUCAGAGGAGGUAUACAAAUCAGAGGAGGUAUACAAAUCAGAGGAGGUAUGCAAAUCAUCGGACAUGAACCACCCAAUUCACUAAAUAGAACAACCAACCAAAAAACGAAAUAACAUGAAGAAGCACUCCCUGUGAUAAGCCAAGAGAAAGCCCCGUAAAUAAAGCAAACUCACCGACACGUAAAGUGGUACACGUAAUCCACGUGGAGUGCCAAAGACAAGAACGAAUGCCGUUCUACGCCCCUUUUAUUUAAAGUUCCUUUAUUUUCUACACCAAAAGACCCGCCUAAAUAUCCUCAAGCGACGGCUCAUCCUUGUAGCAUAGCGUGUGUG